CCCUGCAGAAUCGUGAGAAGGGGGGGGGGAUCCACACGAUGGAAUAUUGGAGUGUGGCUGAACCGAAGUACCACGCCACAACUUCUUUCAAUCCUUCAGGACACGGCAGUUAAGAAUUGGAUGAUGAAGUUGUAAUAAAAAUAGACACCAAAGUGAUCAUUCCUGGAGAAGAGAAAUGUGAUAUUUCAUCGUCCUGCAGAAAAUGUGCAAGCAAAUCUGCAAAGUAUGCAAUGGCAUAUGCACAUGCCAUUACUGCAAAGGGGCCGAAACUGUUCGAAUCCACAGUAAAGCCAACGCAAAUUACAACGUUGCAGUGCGAGGCACAGUCGGCCACGGCACUUGUAUCGUGAUGGCAGAUGACACAGACUCGAGUCAGCUGUGGCUGAAGGAUGACAAGAUGGCAUGGACCUUUGACAAGAAGGGUGGAUUUUCCAUAGUACACAAGGAUACGAUGAAAGCCAUUCGAGUUGCCCCGGAGGAAGGGAAACAAGUGCUUCUGGCAGACUACGACCCACGCAAGCUCGAUGAGAGCUUGAUCUGGUAUCAGUCCUCCAAUAGAGGCAGAAACUACCACACCAUCUAUAACGGCACCUCGGAGACCGUGUUGCAUGCACUUCGUUGCACGCAGUGUGAAUUAAUGCAGCCAUGCACCGAGGGCAAUGCGCAUAUGAAAGAAAACACACUAGUUGUGGUCAUGAAGGACCGAACGAAGAAAGAUGACCCUGCAACUGUUGCAAUGAACCAACUCUGGAAGCUCACUCCGUCUAAAUGUCGCUUCUAGCAAUAGAAUCACUUCAGGGUCAAGGUUGACCGACCUUACUCCUUCAACUUGUUCAGACCAUCAACACCAUUUUAUCACAACCCAGCUUUUCCUGCAAUUUGAACAAUUUGAGGCAUAGUUGCGGAUGGGUGAAUUAGUUCCAUCUUCCACGACUGUAGAUUCCUCGUGAUGUGAAACUCCUGAAGUGGGUAACUACAAUCCUGGUCCAACUGAUGAGUGACGAACAAUUAUUCUACUAUCUGAAUUGCAUUUUCCUAUCUGAGGAAUCGGCAGGUUUGAGAUCAAGUAAAGUUAACUCAAGAGUUUUACUUGUGUCCCGAACAUCUGCAUAGAAUGCCACAUUUUGUAUUAAUUAAGUGGAAUGAUUUAAUACAAGUAAUAUUUCAAGCUUUGGAUAAUUGAUUUAGUUUUGAUUUCAAUGUUUUAUUUACAUGGUUAUUAAGUGAAUUUGACAAAAUCAAGUAGUAGGUAUACAUCUAGUGAUAAUUAAAUCCAAUUUAAUGAAAAAAUUGAUAUUUUAAAGUUGAGUGUCAUAAUAGGUGUAUGAUUUUAGCCAAUUAUUAGAAAGCUCUAUUAGUGGCUUUUUUCUACUCCUAUAAUUGAAUGUAGUUAAUUAAAACCAAAUAUUAGUGAUUUAAAAAUGUGGCAUA